AUGCCUUCCAUCACCUCUCUGCCUACUGAGUGUCUUUGGACCUGUAAACACCUUCAUUCCAUCUAUGUAUCCAACAAAUACUCCGUCCUGGGCAAAAUCGGGCCACGCGAUAUCCCCGCCUUUGACGAUGCUGUUAUCGCAGUCCGAGCUACGAGGAUCGUACUAGAGUCCUUUGACAAAUGCCAUUUCCCGCCUGACCCUUUUCCAUUCGACUGUCUGAGCUUGGAAGCUCAAACACCAUCUCUUGACGAUAUACGGCUUCGGGAGAACUUUCGACGCGCAAUGUAUCGCUCGUUUCUCAUGGGUGCCGUGCUUUGUCGGGCAUAUCAGGAGCCGCUGUCACCUCUGAAGGAAGAUGAUGAUCGUCCGCAGGACUUUUUGAAGGAUGCCAAACUGCGGAUUGAUGAUCCAGAUGCGUGGCUGAUAACACGCGAUGAAAUGGCCUACCUUCUCAAGUACCCGAGUGAGCAUCAUUCGUGUGAGCCGGCAUUACUGAGCAUGUACCCUGAGGAUGCUACCCCCCGUGACUUGGAUUUACACCAUGCCAGAGUGUUAUACGCAGAGAUUGUCCAAUGCCUGCUGAUGACGAUGGCUUUCCUCAACCCGAAUGCAAAUACUCAGUUCUUCGAAGAUGCCAGCCACGAUACGAGAGAACUGGACAGAAAGGUUACGAUUAUCCCUUUGGGCUCCUUCUACCCGGAAAGGAUUUCGAUGCCAAACAACCCGCACAAAGCACAUAAGACUCUUCUGGUAAAACAGCCCGUACCCCAUCCGCAGAAAACAGGUACCGCGUGGCACCCAUCUUCCUCAUGUCUCUGGGCAAUACUCAAUAACAUGCACGCUUUUUCUGGCCAACCAAACACAUAUGGAGAGUCUUAUCCCACUCCACCUCCUCCACUGCAGAUCUUCCAGUACAUCUUUCGGACACAUAUGGGUCUACGAUUUAUCGAUUUCGCGUUCGAGGAAGAUGGCAUAGAUUCCACACAUAGGCUGUUCGUGCACCACCCGUCUAUAAGUCGGAUCUUCGUCGACGGCUGGCCGGAAGAGGUACCAAUAAUGUUUGACACUCUCGGUGCUGAGGAGGGGCAUUAUGUCACCUCCUAUGUGCCAGACCCGCAUGUGUGACAAGAACCCAACCUCCGCAAUGCUGAUUUACCGUAUCAGGCAGCAGUGUGACACUGGCUUUUCCCCGAUGCUGACCAAGUUUC